AUGCACACAACACGAUCACAGUGGAGACGGUCACGUUACGCCAGAGACGAUAGGAACAGCAGUGAGCUCGCUAGCAGCAACGUCAAUACGGACGAUUUAACGUUAAACGCCCCGCUGCCUGCGCCGCCCCCUCGUGCCUCAGAGCCCCCGGCAUCUGUAAAGUACCAGGUCCAUUGUUUAAACACCAAUACGUAUAUAUGA